CAGGCGGCGCAGGGUGCACUGCAGAGGUGAACGCUUCUCCACUUAGGAAAAUGCCGAUGAGCAGCUGUGGAUUUCCAAAAGUUUUUAUCCCAACACCUUCAUCUGCUUGAAUAAAGUGAAGAUAGAAAGAGGCUCCAAAACUUUUGACCAAAGAUAUUAAGAUGAGCUCAGACCCGGUGGAGCAGUCGGAGGCUCUGGCUGAACAGACAGAACGAAACGGAAUAGACUUCAAUCGACAGAUUAAAACAGAAGACCUCAACGACUCUCCUCAUUCAACCUCCUCUGUGAAGACAUGUCACCUCACACAGAGCUCUCCGGUGCAUGGGGGUCAGCUGACAGGGGAGCUCACCUCCCUCCAUCCAAUGCAGCAACUGGUUCUGAUGCCGCCGUCUCACCUGUCGACUCCCUCCCCCUUCCUAAUCUCCCAGAGUCCCUCCAGCCACCAAGCCCUCCUGCAGCCGAACCUGCUCUCCCUUCCCGGCCAGAGUCCACAAGGUCUUCUUCAGCAUCAGUCUGGGCUAGCGCUGACUCCACAGGCUAUGAGUCGCUCCGGGUUGGCUGGACCCUCUAUGGAGAACCACAUGGACAUGUCACACCUGCAGAUGCCCAAACACAUAUCUGUGGCCCCGCAGGAGGAACCCAAUGAUUUGGAGGAACUGGAGCAGUUUGCCAAAGCAUUUAAGCAAAGACGCAUCAAGCUGGGCUUCACUCAGGGAGACGUGGGCCUGGCAAUGGGAAAACUUUAUGGGAAUGAUUUCAGCCAGACCACAAUAUCUCGAUUUGAGGCUCUGAAUCUCAGCUUCAAAAACAUGUGCAAGCUCAAACCUUUGCUGGAGAAGUGGCUCAGUGAUGCAGAAAACUCACCUUCUGACUCGAUGAACACUCAAACCUCUCUGCCUCCUCUGAUGGAGGGAUACGGACGCAAACGGAAAAAGAGGACAAGCAUAGAAACCAACAUCAAGCUGACGUUGGAGAAACGUUUUCUUGACAAUCCAAAACCUAACUCAGAGGAGAUAACCUUGAUCUCCGAGCAGCUUUCCAUGGAGAAAGAGGUUGUUCGAGUUUGGUUCUGCAACCGCCGUCAGAAGGAGAAGAGGAUCUACUGCCCAGUAGCUACUUUACCAGUCAAAUCGCACAGCUACAACUCCAGAAUGGCUUCUACAUCCAGGUCCUAUAGUCCUUUGGCCUCAGGUGCAGUUUCAUCAAAUUCAUCUCCAAACAGCACAAGUCGGGAACCAUCUCCCAACAGCCUCUCAGUUGCUGCCUCUGUUGCUCUGACCUCCCAGGUCAACCCAGCUUCGUACAGUACGCCUGGUUCCUGGUACCGCGCCUGGAAUGCUCCCACUUAUCACCACUGAGAGCCACAAACUGUAUCAUACAAAGCUUUUAAAGAAGAAGGAAGAUGGAUUAACACACUCUCCUUAUUUUGAGCAGGGUUACAACUAAUAUGUUGUAUCAACAAAAAUUAAACACAACACAAAGCAGGACAAUAAGGAGAGGACUUGGUUACGCAGAUUUUUCCUGCCAGUUAUUUGUUCAUAUUCCAAGGAGCCUGGAGAAAGUCAAAUCAUGCUCAGGGGAUUCCUUAUUCGAUUGAAAAAAUGAAGGAUGAAGAAAAAUAAUCAUCAGAAGCAUCAGCUGGAAGUCUAAUUUUUGAGUACUCAAGCUCAACACCUUUUUUUUUUUUUUUUUUUUUUUUGUAUGUUGAAGGAUUCCUGUGCAGAUUCACUGAAAUUUCGUCAAACUUCUUCUUUAGUCAUCUUUGUACAAAGCGUUUAUCUGCUGAUAACAGUGCUGACUUGGGUGUGCUUAUAUUUAAUUUAAAUGUAACUUAUAUAGUGCUGAUUCA